AUGAUCGAUUCCGUUGCAACUCGGUUCCGCAAGAUUAUUAAACUGAUCCGCUUCUGUGUAGGGAUUUGUGGAACAGAUGUGGCUGAUCCUGAGUAUCAUAUGUGGGCGCUGACUUACGCCAUUAUUGCCGUAAUAUUCUUCUUUUUCGCCUCCAGCGCAUACACUAUGUAUGUGGGCUUGGUGCUUAAUAACGAUUGGACUGUGAUCCUACAGGCAUGUGCCAUGGUCGGCUCAGCGAUUCAGGGUCUGACAAAGCUACUGUGUACGGUGAGCAAGGCUCCGCUGAUGCGACACCUUCAAGGAACCUACGAGUCCAUCUACGAGGAGUACGAAAUAAAAGGGGGCGAGUAUACGAAGUACCUGAAUAAUCGCAUCAAUAACUUCUGGAACUUGAUGAUGGCAUUCAUGUGGGUUUAUAUCAUUCUGGUUGUCGGAUUGGUCUCCCAUCCCAUCUUUUGUUUGGUUUUCCGCAACGAGAAGUUCCUUGUGAUGCAGUUCCUCGUUCCGGGAAUCGAUCGAGACAGCGACAGUGGACAUCUAAUGUUGAUUACGUUGCACGUCAUGUGCCUCUGUUUUGGUGCCUUUGGCAACUUUGGUGGCGACAUGUAUCUCUUUCUGUUUAUCUUAAAUGUACCCUUACUGAAGGACGUAUUCAAAGUGAAGCUACACGAGUUCAACGAGGUUGUCGAGCAAAAACAAGAGUAUAAGAAGAUGGUUACCAUGAUGUGGGAUUUAAUUGCCUGGCAUCAGAAAUAUGUUUCCAUUCUACGUGGCACGGAACAAAUCUAUAAUAUUGUUAUGGGUGUGCAGCUUUUUUCUGCCUGCGUUGGAAUCCUUUGCACCAUUUCUUGCAUUUUCAUUAAGGUUUGGCCUGCAGCUCCUGUCUAUUUGUUCUAUUCCUUUAUCGUGCUCUAUACCUUCUGCUAUUUGGGAACUGUCGUCGAGACUUCGAAUGAAGACUUUAACUUUGAGAUCUAUAAUAACUGCUUGUGGUAUCAGCUGCCUACAAAGGAGCAAAAGCUUAUCAUUCUCAUGCUGGCCAAGUCCCAGAAUGAGUUGGCUCUAACUGCUGCUUCUUUUCUACCCCUAUCGAUGGCUACGGCUCUGCAGUUGACCAAGGGCAUAUACAGUUUCAGCAUGAUGUUAUUUACCUACUUGGAGUACGAAAAGUGA